GGUGAUGACAGUAAUAAAUAUCUAUGGCCUCGGUCUCAGCCUCCCGUAAUUAUCGCAUUAGAGAUCUUCAAACCAUCUCCUUAAACACACAGUAUUAAAGCUCUAAUCUCUCAUCCUCCAAAACCCCAAAGAAAAAGACCCAUUUGUUAGUCUCAAAAACCCUGAAUUUUCCACCCCAGGUCUUGAGUUUGAGAGGAGAUCUGAGCAAUGGCAAAGAAUACUUCGAAUGGAGAGCAUCAAAUCACAACAAAGCCCCCUCCCACGCCUUCGCCUUUGAGGAAUUCCAAAUUUUUUCAGUCCAAUAUGAGAAUAUUGGUCACUGGAGGAGCUGGAUUCAUUGGUUCACAUUUGGUGGACAAGCUGAUGGAAAAUGAAAAGAAUGAGGUAAUUGUUGCCGAUAACUACUUCACCGGUUCUAAGGACAAUCUCAAGAAAUGGAUUGGUCAUCCGAGAUUUGAGCUUAUUCGUCAUGAUGUCACUGAGCCAUUGUUGAUUGAGGUUGAUAAGAUAUACCACCUUGCAUGUCCCGCUUCUCCUAUUUUUUAUAAACACAAUCCUGUAAAGACAAUAAAAACAAACGUCAUUGGUACACUGAAUAUGCUGGGACUUGCCAAACGAGUUGGAGCAAGGAUAUUGCUUACAUCAACUUCAGAAGUAUAUGGAGAUCCUCUUGAGCAUCCCCAAACUGAGAGCUAUUGGGGAAAUGUUAACCCAAUAGGUGUGCGGAGCUGCUAUGAUGAGGGGAAGCGUGUGGCUGAGACUUUGAUGUUUGAUUAUCAUAGGCAGCAUGGGAUAGAAAUACGCAUUGCUAGAAUUUUCAACACAUAUGGGCCCCGCAUGAAUAUUGAUGAUGGACGUGUUGUCAGCAAUUUCAUAGCUCAAGCACUUCGUGGUGAACCUUUGACAGUUCAGGCUCCUGGAACACAGACUCGCAGUUUCUGCUAUGUCUCUGACAUGGUUGAUGGGCUGAUUCGACUCAUGGAAGGAGAGAACACUGGGCCAAUCAACAUUGGAAACCCAGGUGAAUUUACUAUGCUCGAGCUUGCUGAGACAGUGAAGGAGCUAAUUAAUCCCGAGGUGGUGAUAAAAAUGGUAGAUAACACUCCUGAUGAUCCACGACAGAGGAAACCAGACAUUUCUAAGGCUAAAGAAUUGUUAGGAUGGGAACCAAAAAUCAAACUGCGGGAUGGCCUUCCCCUCAUGGAGGAGGAUUUCCGUCUGAGACUUGGAGUUCCCAAAAAGAAGUGAACGAGACAAACAAUAAUGGAGGGAUGAAAUUCUGAGUCAAUUUUUCCUUCUAAUGUGGGACUGCUUCGGUGAUGCUCUUCAUCAAGUUUCUUUGUUCCUGAUAUGCACUUUUUUUUUCACCUUUUAUUUUGAUAUGUUAUCAUAGAAAAUAAGCGGCGGUCAGUGUUCACCUUUUGCCCCCUGUAAUUGUUGAUACUGAGAAAGCUUUCUCCUUUUAGGUUUGGCAUUGGCCACUAAUAUUUUGUUAAUCUAGGCUUGUUGUGGUUGGAAAAGUACGCAUUUUAUGAUUGUUCACAUUUUUAUUUUUA